AUGCCCAGGCGCAGCCCCACAGAGCCCGAUUGGUCACGGCUCAGCGAGCACGUGGUGGAGCCCGGCUACACGCUGUGGACGGUGGGCUACAUCAUCCGGCUGGAUGCUGCGAAAGCGCUGCUGGAUGCUCAAGUGGAGCGCGCCUUCGUUCCCCUGGACGACUUCUUCUCCGUGGCCGCGGGCCGCGGGGGCGACACUUUCUACAACGACAAGGUGCUUGAGUGGAAGCCGCACAUCCCGGUACUCUUGCGACCCUUGGCAUUGACCCCGCCGCUGGUGAUGCCGUACGUUGGCUCCAUGUUCCUGAGCGACACGGCGAAGGUGCGGGCAGCAACCCGCUACGUCGAGGACCUACCUCACGAGUGA